GUCGAGAAGCAAUACGAAGAAUAACCACCCCCACACUUUUCAGGAGACUCGAGUAGCACCCGGACCACUCCAGACCAUUUCUGUGCCGAGCCAUUCAUUCGAGAGCCACGCGGGCACCGCCACACAGUCCCAUCAUGACGCAGGAGCACUUCCUGCCGGUGGACAUGAUAGAAACACAGCUGUCCACCAUUGAUCUCCUCACGGCCAUGUUUCCCAAUCCCGGCGAGCUGGAUCUCCCGGCGUCCACAGCCCAAUGCGUGGAGAAGCUCCGCGACUGGUGCCAGGAUCCGGCCGGUGCACUCGCGGGUCUCCCGUCCAGCAUCCUGCUGGGGGUUUGUUUGCCCCUGGCGGAUGGGGAGCAGACCAUUCAGGUGAAUAUUUCGAUCCCCCUGUACAGUCCCACCCCAGAGCCGGACCUCCCGCCCCCGCCUAGCUAUACCCUCCGACAGCCCGACUGGAUGUCCAAAGCGGAGGUGGCGACGCUGGCCGCCGCCAUGCCGCCGGAGGACGUGUUCGAGGCCUUGGAGUACGUGCGCGAAGCCGCCACGCGCUUUUUGGAGACCCGGCAGGCCGUGACGGCGGAGACUACGACGGGUGGCUCCGGGCCCCUCGUGCGGGUGUGGUUCUAUUUCCCCUCGCUGUCGACGCGCAAGAAGCGGGAUGAUCUGGUGAACCAUGCCGCGGGGUACGCGUUGACGGGGUUUGUGUUGGCGGGGAAACCGGGGGUGUUGUGUCUGGAGGGGACGUCGGGGGACAUUGACGCGUAUAUGAGAUUUAUCAAGACGUAUUCGUGGGGCGAUAUCCCGAGUCAUCAGAAAAAGGUCAGCGAGCGGUAUCGCGAGACGGACGGGGUGCAGCGGGUGUUUGCGGGGAUGGAGGAGAUUACGGAUUCCCUGGGGGAACGCAGUGGACAGCGCGCCAACCGGGGGGAUAUGCAGGCGUUGGAGGCCUGGCUGGGGGCCCGGGGGCUCCAUGAGGCGUUUGAGCAGGUGAUCUUUUAGGUGUGUCGAGGCUGAGCUAUUGACAAGGCAACAACAUGCAACCCAGAUAUCCGGAUCUGCUGGCCGUUACCCACAUGCCGCGGCGGGAAUUUGGACGACAUCCAUUCCAAUCUCUCCGGUACGAAGUCCAGGCUUGCUACGGUGCCACCCUCUAUCUCUGAACCCCUCCCUUCUCCCGCUAUCAAAGCCCGGUGAGGAGCCUGAUGGGAUAUAUUGCCUCUAGGAGAGCCCCGAAGUUUAUCUGAACGAAUCAAGCGAGUGUUCCUACGUACUCUGACCAGGAUCAAACCGGAUUAGGGUUCCGCAGGCAUCAAAAUAAAUGUUUCGGAGGCUCCACCUGCCGGACCGAAUUGAUAUGGGCAUCUUGAAACGGCAGCUGAACAGUUGACGAUCGACUUUCA